AUGGCGCCGGGAAUCCUAGAAACGGACUCCGCGGUCGCAGCUGAGAAGGUCUCCAGUCUGGCUGUGUUGACUGAGGACUGGGAUGAUACAAUCAGGUUCUAUCUCAACGGCACCAAGGUUGCCGUAGACACUGCCAACCCUGAAGUUACCCUGCUCGAAUACCUGCGGGGUAUUGGGUUGACAGGAACCAAGCUUGGUUGCGCCGAGGGAGGUUGUGGUGCUUGCACUGUGGUCGUGUCUCAUAUCAAUCCCACAACAAAGAAGAUUUACCAUGCCUCCGUGAAUGCUUGCAUCGCCCCUCUAGUCAGCAUUGACGGAAAACACGUCAUUACAGUCGAAGGCAUUGGAAAUGUCAAGGACCCCCAUGCGAUCCAGCAACGAAUUGCGGUCGGCAAUGGAAGCCAAUGUGGUUUCUGUACUCCAGGAAUUGUGAUGUCUCUCUAUGCCCUGCUUCGAAACAACCCAUCACCAUCAGAACAUGAUGUCGAAGAAGCCUUCGAUGGUAACCUAUGCCGAUGCACCGGUUAUCGACCCAUUCUCGACGCCGCCCAGAGUUUCAACUCCAAAAAUAAUUGCGGCAAAGCCUCUGCCAAUGGCGGUUCAGGUUGCUGCAUGGAGAAGAAUGGGUCUGGUGGUUGCUGUAAAGGCUCCUCCAAUAGUAACGAAUUCGAGACUGUCGAUUACAAAUUCCCCGCACCAAACUUCAAACCAUACAGCCCAGACACCGAGUUGAUUUUCCCUGCUGCGCUGCGGAAACAUGAAUAUCGACCGUUGGCAUAUGGUAACAAAAAGAAGAAGUGGUAUCGACCGGUGACUGUGGAUCAGCUUCUACAGAUCAAGAACAUCCACCCGGAAGCUAAAUUAAUUGGCGGAAGUACCGAGACACAGAUUGAGAUCAAGUUUAAGGCUAUGCGAUAUGCGGCUUCGGUAUAUCUUGGAGACAUUCCGGAGUUGAGGCAAUUCACCUUGCAUGAUGAUUACCUGGAAAUCGGUGCCAACGUGUCUUUGACUGAUCUUGAGCACAUUUGUGAUCAAGCCGUUGAGAAGUAUGGUGCUGCCAGAGGUCAGCCAUUCAAGGCAAUCAAAAAGCAACUGAUGUAUUUCGCUGGAAGACAAAUUCGCAAUGUCGCUUCUCCGGCCGGUAACCUGGCCACUGCCUCGCCGAUUUCGGAUCUCAACCCCGUCUUGGUGGCUACCAACACUAUUCUCGUAGCCAAGUCGCUUGAGGGCGAGACUGAGAUUCCCAUGACUGAGUUUUUCCAGGGAUACAGAAAGACUGCGCUCGCUCCCAAUGCCAUUAUCGCAAGUUUACGUAUUCCGGCUGCGCAGAAGCAGGGCGAGCAUAUGCGAGCCUACAAGCAAGCCAAGCGCAAGGAUGAUGAUAUCGCCAUUGUCAACUCGGCAUUACGUGUCACCUUGUCUGAGAGCAACGAUGUAGUCAGUGCCAACCUCGUGUUUGGUGGCAUGGCAGCUAUGACGGUAUCGGCAAAGAACGCCCAAGAGUUCUUAAUUGGCAAGAAGUUCACAAACCCUGCGACACUGGAAGGUGUAAUGAGUGCAUUGGAGCAGGAUUUCAAUUUGCCAUUCGGUGUUCCUGGAGGCAUGGCUAGCUACCGCAAAUCUUUGGCUAUGGGCUUCUUCUAUCGGUUCUACUAUGAUGUUCUGUCAGGGCUUCCGGUCAAGAGCUCGGACUUGGACCCAGAUGUUGUUGCCGAGAUCGAACGAGCUAUUUCCUCCGGAGCGAAAGAUUUGGAGUCUUCGGUCGCAUAUCAGCAGAAGAUUCUCGGACGAGCAACUCCGCAUGUGGCAGCUUUGAAGCAAUCUACCGGAGAGGCUCAAUACACUGAUGAUAUCCCAGUGCAGCAGAAUGAGCUAUUUGCCUGCAUGGUUCUCUCAACCAAGGCUCACGCCAAAAUUCUCAGCGUCGACGCAUCUGCUGCAUUAGAUAUUCCGGGCGUCGCUGAUUACGUAGACCACACGGAUCUUCCAAACCCACAAGCAAACUGGUGGGGAGCACCCAAGUCUGAUGAGCUUUUCUUUGCUGUCGACGAAGUUACAACAGCUGGUCAGCCAAUAGGCCUCAUUCUGGCCACUUCAGCUAAGAUUGCCGAAGAAGGUAUGAGGGCUGUCAAGGUAGAGUAUGAAGAUCUACCCGCUAUCCUUACAAUGGAAGAGGCCAUCGAGGCCGAAUCUUACUUCGAGCACUACCGCUACAUUAAAUGUGGCGAUACCGAGGAAGCGUUCAAAAAUGCCGAUCAUGUCUUUACUGGUGUCUCGCGAAUGGGUGGCCAAGAGCAUUUCUAUCUGGAAACCCAGGCUUGUGUGGCCAUACCACUACCAGAAGAUGGUCAAAUGGAGAUUUGGAGUGGUACUCAGAAUCCCACUGAGACUCAGGCCUAUGUCGCUCAGGUAACAGGUGUCGCUGCGAACAAGGUUGUCUCGCGCGUGAAACGUCUCGGUGGUGGCUUUGGUGGCAAAGAAACACGAUCGGUCCAGCUGGCUGGUCUAUGUGCUACUGCUGCAGCGAAGACUCGACGACCUGUCCGGUGCAUGCUCAACCGUGACGAGGAUAUUCUGACAUCUGGCCAACGUCAUCCUUUCCUUUGCCAUUGGAAGGUUGGUGUGAGCAAAGAAGGAAAGCUCCUUGCCCUCGAUGCCGAUGUUUUCGCAAACGGAGGUCACACACAAGACCUUUCUGGUGCUGUCGUCGAACGAAGCUUGUCGCACAUUGAUGGCGUGUACAAAAUUCCUAAUGUGAAUGUUCGUGGUCGGAUUUGCAAGACCAAUACCGUAUCAAACACCGCUUUCCGAGGAUUCGGUGGACCUCAAGGUCUCUUCUUCGCUGAAUGCUACAUUGAAGAGAUCGCAGAUCAUUUGGGUAUGACUGCUGAGCAUGUGCGGGCAAUCAACAUGUAUCAACCAGAUGAAACAACGCAUUUCCACCAGCCUCUCAAGGAUUGGCACGUACCAUUGAUGUACAAACAAGUGAUGGAGGAGAGCUCCUACAAUGAACGCAGAAAAGCUGUUGAAGAAUACAAUGCACAGCAUAAGUGGUCAAAACGUGGAAUGGCAAUCGUGCCAACCAAGUUCGGCAUCUCCUUCACAGCCCUGUUCUUGAACCAAGCAGGUGCUUUGGUCCACAUCUACCACGACGGCAGUAUCCUUGUAGCACACGGCGGUGUCGAAAUGGGUCAAGGUCUACAUACGAAGAUGACCAUGAUCGCUGCUGAGGCACUGCAAGUGCCACAAGCAAGCGUUUUCAUUUCUGAGACAGCAACAAACACAGUAGCCAACACAUCCUCCACAGCCGCCUCAGCAAGUUCCGAUCUUAACGGUUACGCCAUCUUUAACGCCUGCGAGCAACUGAACGAGCGCCUCCGUCCCUACCGCGAGAAGAUGCCCAAUGCCCCAAUGAAAGACCUUGCCCAUGCAGCCUACUUCGAUCGCGUCAAUCUUUCCGCGCAAGGAUACUACCGCACUCCAGAUAUCGGCUAUGUAUGGGGCGAAAACAGUGGUCAAAUGUUCUUCUAUUUCACACAAGGCGUAACAGCCGCCGAAGUUCAAAUCGACACCCUAACUGGCGACUGGACACCCCUACGUGCGGACCUCAAAAUGGAUGUCGGUCGCACUAUUAACCCCUCAAUUGACUACGGCCAAGUCGAAGGUGCCUACAUCCAAGGCCAGGGCCUAUUCACUACCGAAGAAAGUCUCUGGCACCGUGCCUCUGGCCAGAUAUUCACUCGUGGCCCUGGUAACUACAAGAUCCCUGGAUUCCGUGAUAUCCCGCAGAUCUUCAAUGUUAGUUUACUGAAAGACGUCGAGUGGGAGAAUCUACGCACGAUCCAACGAUCCCGUGGAGUCGGCGAGCCGCCAUUGUUCAUGGGUGCUGCAGUCUUCUUUGCUAUUCGUGAUGCGUUGAAGGCGGCACGCAAACAGUGGAAUGUUACCGAUGUGCUGCAUCUUGAGAGUCCAGCUACUCCAGAGCGGAUUCGGGUCAGUUGUGCGGAUCCCAUCAUUGAGCGUGCAAGGGUCCAACCCAAAGAAGGAGAGAAGAGCUUCUUUGUUGCUAUUUAA